AUGGCGAUGCUGAAGAAGGGCACGGGCGUCCUGUGUUUCGUGGCCACCGUCAUGGUGGUCAUGGCUACCACCCUUCUUCUCUCCUCCUGCGACGCCCACAAAGAGGCAGAUGAGACUGUUGCGUUUCCCUUGCCGGCGCCAUGCUACUCCAUCUCUUUCCCAAACUGUACCGACGACAAGUGCAAGAAGUUUUGCGACAGCGUAGGCAAGCGGCCGACCCCCAAGGCAUUCUGCAAUGACAACAAUAACUGUUGCUGUCCUGUCAUUCAAGUAUAA